AUGCCGCCCGCCGCACCCCAGCUCCCGACCCGGUUUCCCUGCUGGUGUCGUGCAGUAUAUUCCUGGGGAGGAGAAACAAAACGGGAUUUGGGAUUUGUCGAAGGCGAUCUCAUCGAAUGUCUGAAUGCCGGCGAUGGGCAAUGGUGGAUGGGCCGACUCCGGAGGGAUAGGCGCAUGAUGGGCCUGUUUCCCUCCAACUUCGUCGAGGUGCUCAGCCAGGAUUUCGUACCAGUCACACGGUCCACAAGUCCUCUGGUCCCACAAGCCUCGUCGCCCAUCACGAAUCCUACGUCGGCCCCGAAGAAACAGAAGACGGUUUUCCGCAAGCCGUUCCAGGCCCAUAGGGAAGCUCUUGCGCCCACGGGUGAGCUGUCCCGGAGCUCGACUGCCUCUUCUCCGCUGGCAAGCUCGAUCCCGCAAACGCCGCCUCGCGAUGGCAGCCUCAACCGAAGAGUCAAACCGCUGCGUACGCCGACCACAGCAGUCAAGCACCAACCCUCCCUGACUAGGCCUUUAUCCCGAUCAAGGCCUCCAUCGCGAGCCCCCUCCCCGCGCCCGCUAGCUGAGUCCGAUCCGCAACUCUCGUCCCCGGUUCCUGGGACAUACAUGGCCCACUCCAGACCUCCAUCGCGUGCGGUAUCGCCCUAUCCUCUGCAUGACCAGGAUUUCCAACUACCGUCUAUCGUUCCUGGGCAGAGCCUCAUGCACCCCGGAUCUUCCCCCCGUGCAGUAUCACCUCGUCCUCCGCAGGAAAUUGACUUUCAGUUACCAUCUAUCCCUCCAAUGCAGAGCGCUGUCCCGAGACACAGCAUUUCGAUUCCUCGAGCUUCUUCGCGCGAGAUCUCUCCCCUUCAGCUCCAAGAGCGAGAGGACUCUCCGCCUCCGCCUCCCCCGCCUCCGCACCGCGUUGCUGUCAACCGCCAGUCAUCCAUCGAGCAACGGGUCCCGGCGCGUCUUGAUAUGAACGAUCGUUUUGUUACUAUGUCAAGGACGCCAUCGCCAGCAGCUCACUCUGAGGGGCGCGGGCAUACGCCUUCACCGUUGAGAGAUGCAAUGGAGGAUGUGAUGACUUCAUUGGAAGAUAUGGGUCUACCUCGAGACACGCAGUCACCUUCUCCACAACCGACGUUUAACAACCCGUGGUCACCGGAUGCGUACGAAAGUUUCCGUGACACUCAACCUCGGCAAGCUGCCCGUCGACCAUUGACUUCCCUGGGCUUUGAUGGAGAAAAGGAAUAUCAACAUCAGCAUCACGGCAGUCUACCGCAUAGGAACAGUGUUUAUGCGCAUGAUCCAUAUAUGGAUGGUCCCCCACAACUGAACAAUUAUGUUCAAAGGAUGGAGAGUCGGCUUCGUCAGAUGCAGGAGCAGAGCCAGAGGGAAAACGACGACACGCAACUGUCAGAUGAGGAAGAUCCCCCGCCGCCACCCCCCAGGAAUGUACCAUACCAUGGACGGCAUAACUCGAUUCCAGCUCAGUAUCCCUAUGUGAGAGGACGUAGGUCCGGGCACGACCUCCGAGGGGAUCAACUCAACCGGAGCUCCACUAAUAAGUCUAGCACGACCAACUCUUCGAGCGGCGUGCAAAGUACAAGCACGAACCAGACCGCAAGCACCGAGCGAACUAGCCAAAGCGUCAUGAGUGGGCCAUCGGCAGGUGGAUUCAGUGCAACAAGCGCAGGAAGCUAUGCCAGGCGAGGCAAUGCGCCAUCCGAGCGACCGAAUACGGCAGUUGAUACUUUCCGCUCAAGAGGAUUCAGCGAUGUCUCUCGGGUUGGCAGACCCGAAACGCCGUUAACCGGUGUAUCCUACCAUUCGAGUCAUAACAGCUCUCGGCAGGGGGCCACAUCCGCCAUACCUUGGUCCUCAAAUACCGGCGGCAGCGGCGGCGGCGAAGAGCCUACCAGUGUGUUUGGUGGUCUCUCCACACCGAAAGCCAAAAAGCAAGGGUUCUUCAAGAAGAUCUUUGAAUCCGCGAAAACCGGUGCCGCCAAUGCCAGGAGCAGUAUUGCGGUCGGGCAAAAUGGCGGACCUUUUUCGCCUGUAAAGAACCGGGGGAUUUCACCCAUCCGUGCCUUGCAAUCAAGUCGAGACUCCGCUCGUGAGACUGGACUCGGCGGCAGCGCCAUGGACUGGGUGCAAGUACGGCGUGACGUGAAUCGUGCAAGCUCGCCCAGCCGGAACGAGAGAAUCGAGAGAGCUGAAAGGUGUCAGAUGAUGGAUCAUCCAGUUAUCUAUGCCGUGGAAGAACUGUAUGAGAUGGCGGAAGGUGAUGAAAGCAUCGAUGGCCUGCCGAUCAGUGAGCCGACCAACUUUGGUACAGUGAAUCUGAACCUCGUCGACAAAAGCGCUCGCUUCGUCAAUAGCCUUCCUCCGAUGACCAAUCCGGCAAGCCUGGCACAUGGGUAUGUUUGCCGCCCGUAUAAAAGUGAUGUCCAGAGGUUGCGCGCCAUUUUCACCUGGGUCAGCGAGAAGAUUGCCUGGGACGAACCGGUCGAGGAUAUCAGUAUUGACCCGAAACGAGUGCUUCAAACAAAAAGAGGAAGCCCCGAGGAAGUCGCCUUCUUGGUCAAAGAAAUGUGUGCGGCGGUCGGCCUCCACGCUGAAGCGAUCAAUGGGUUCCUCAAGACCCCCGGGGAAUUGUUCGACCUGGACGGUCUCUCGCGGCCCAACCAUUGGUGGAACUCGGUGCUCGUGGAUGGUGAAUGGCGCAUCAUGGACUGUUCCCUAUCCAGUCCCACCAACCCGCGAAGGAACCAAUUUGUCACUGGUAGCUCUCCCGUUGCUGAAGGCUGGUAUUUCCUCGCACGACCUCUCGAGAUUUGCUACACACACGUUCCCGUUGCACCAGAGGAGCAGCACAUCUGCCCACCCAUCUCUCCAGAUGUCCUUCUCGCCCUUCCGGCAGUCUGCCCGCCCUACUUUAAGCUUAACAUGGAGUUCCCAGAUUACGACACCAGUGUAUCCCGGAUUGACGGCCUGGAAGUCAUGCAAAUACGUCUUCUGGUGCCUGCGGAUGUGGAAUGCGCCGCCGAGGUGGAAGCAACGGCGCUUGCCUGCGACGCUGAUGGUGACUUCUUUGAAAGCGGCGAGAUCGUGCGCAAGCGUGCCCUGAUUCAGCCCGACUGGGUCAAUGGGCAGAAACGCAUCACGGUCAAGGCUGUCCUGCCCGGCAACGAAGGACAGGGCGUGGUCAAGGUGUACGCGGGCAAGAAGGGCCUCAUGCAUUCCAGCCGAGAUAUACCCCAUCCCCUCGCUCUCGCACUUCCCAUCAUCCACAGCAACGACAACCCACCGUAUGAUUUCGUACUGCGCCAUCCAACCCCCCACGCUCAGCGUCACGAUCUGUACAUCAUGCAGCCCCAGUGCGCGAAGCUGGCUGUCAACAACACCUUCGUCUUUGCCGUCCGCCAGCAUCCAUCGUCGCUCUCCUUCUCGUCCAGCACUAACGAAGCCAGCGUCAGCGGACGCGUCUCCCCGUCCGUCUUUUCCCGACCCGCAAGUGCCCUGAGUAUGGUCUCCAGCUCCGCCGCAGGUUCCUCGGUCUCCACCGUCUCGAAUGAGUUCUCAGCCUCAACCUCCGCCAUCUCCUCGGGCCGUUCAGUAUCAGGACGCGAGAAGCCCGCCAAGCUGGCCAUCCAGUCACCCUCCGGCAAGAUCCUCCGCUUGACCCGGAAACCCGACCACAUGCUCAGCCCCAACACCGGCACACACUCCGUCACCGACGCGCCAGCGGACGGCAGUGUCUGGGAGACGGUGAUCAAGAUCGGAGAGCGCGGCGUCUGGCGUGGCCUCGUCCUGGCGGACCGAGUUGCCCGCUGGUGCGUCUUCUGCGAGUGGGAAUGCUACUGACACCCAGCAUCUCUCUACCACUUCUAUUACCACCCGCCCGCC